GAUUCUAAAUGCGAUGCAGACGACGUGACGUGUUUGAAUUUCUUUGUUUUGAAUGGGUCACAAGUCAGCAAAGUUUGAGGAACGUGAAAGAAUAACAUUCCCAACCCAAAGGAGAGUCCGUUCUAUUGACGCCUGCUUCACAGAAAGUUUCUAAUCUAGUCAGUUACCAUCACACGGGGAUUUUAGAACGUGCCGAUGUUUCUUUAGGCGCACUUGCCGGUCUCUCAUCGAGACGUGACUUGUCGUUUGACAGGUCGGAGAUUACGACAGAUUACGUAAAGGUCCGAGGAUAAUCGGCUCUUAUCAAGUAACCGAGGCCCCUCCUAAUGACAGAUAUAUGAAUGAUUACGGUUGUCACGUAUAUUUGAAGUUUGGAUCUGAAACUUUGUGAUAGUGGUUAUGAUGACCACAGCGAUCGGUCAUCUUUGACCAUCACCGGGGGCACGACAUUCCGGAGCGUUGAGUUGUGUUCAUAUCGGAAAUGACUCCUCAAUAGCCUGGUGAUAUGGCAGGUCUCGGUAACGGCACCUUCCCCGGGAAUAGCGCAGACAAGAUGGAGCUGUGACAGUGUCUCAAGAUAUUUUAAACAGGCUUUGCAAUGGUGGUCGGUAUAUUGACACAAUGUCAAUGUCGUGAUCCUGUACUGGGCUUGAAUCCCCUGUGUGUGAUCUAGUGUUGUUUCUAGAUUUUGGCUGUGUUGCAUAAUACACACAUAGUACAGUGUUUUGUAAUGUAAACCAUUGGAUUACCCAGCCAGGAUAGUUUUUUUCAAGCACUGCUUACAACAAAGAUGUCAAAAAGAUAUGAUCAUUUAUUACGUCUUCUCCUAGUGGGAGACACUGGAGUUGGGAAGACAUGCAUCAUAUGCCAGUACACUAAACAUGAGUACUGCAACACUCAUAUAUCAACUAUUGGAGUUGAUUUUAAAGUCAAAACCAUAGAAGUAAAUGGGCAGAUGGUGAAGAUGCAGAUAUGGGAUACAGCUGGCCAGGAAAGAUUUGAAGCCAUCACCAAACAGUUUUACAGGAGGGCCCAGGGGGUGAUGGUGGUGUAUGAUAUAUGCAGCCGGAGUUCCUUCGAGUCAUUACCAAAGUGGAUUUCCUAUGUCAGGCAGUUUGCGAAGGAAGACACAGUGAUAAUGGUGAUGGGCAAUAAAAAGGAUGAAGACCACUCCAGAAAAGUUGAUUCUGAAGAGGCUGAAAGGUUCGCCGAGGAUAAUGACUGUCAGUUCUUUGAAGUUAGCGCUAAACAGAGAGAAAAUUUGGAAGUUCCCUUUUAUGACAUGUGCAGGCAGAUAUUAAACACACAAGAUCAGAAGAACUCCAGCUAUUCCCUCUCUGAAAAUGACAACUCAGCAAUUGUGAUAGACAAGUCCAUGACUGGCCGGAAUAACUCUGACACAUCGCAACUGAUCACAUCAGAAGAGGAUGAUGAUGAGGAUGAAGACAAGGGCGUACGACCAGUCUACAGCAAGUGGGCGUGUUGUGCCAUAUUGUAAACAAUCUACAGCCAAGUGAGCAAGAAUGAGCAAUUAUUAAGAAUGAUUAUUAUGUUAAACUGGAAUCUUAGGCCGAAAGGAAAGGUUACAUAAGGGCCAAUGUAUUUACAAUUAUUUAGUUGACCAGUAAAUGGCAUGAAGGAAUAAGGCUGGAAGAUAAGAAUAACUGAAGACAUUGAAAAUCAUGCCAGCCUUGGUUAGAACUUGACAUUUUUAUCUUUGAUUCUUACAGAAACUGGGGCAACCCUUAUGACCAGCUAUGUUUGCCAAAAAUUUAGCAACUUUAAAUGUUUUAAGAACUUAAUGAGGCUUUUUGUCUUUGCUGUGCAUUUAUUUCACAGUAGCAUUCCAUCCAUCCUCAAUUAUCCCACAAAUCAGAUAUCCAUUUUAUUAUGAUACAUGUAUAUACCUUGGAUCCUUAAACCAUCAUACAUGUCAGUUGCAUCUGGUUCAAAUGACUGACACUAUGGGUCCAGGGUAUCAGAAUAGAAUGGAGAUUUGAUGCACUGGAUAAUUGAGGAUGCAUUAUAUCUGAGAACAGCACAUUCCGAUUUUGGAUGGUGUGUGCAACACGGUGUCAUGGUUUACCCACGUAUCCAUGCAUCGUGAGUAUACACCUGACAAUAUGAAACACUAUAUGCCUGCCCAUGGAUCGAUGUUUUUAUUCUGUAUCAAAAAGGUAAUACUUACGAAGUGUUGCAAUAACCUGGCCUGAUAACUACUUGGGGAACUGUUACUUUACCACCCAUCAUGAAACAAAUCGCUAAAUCUUAUUGCAUAAUACUGUUAGAAAAAGCCUUAAUUUACCAACACAAACUGGUUGAUGGCAACAACCUCUUGUUAGCAGAGCCACAUGGAAUAUUGAGAAUUUUACAAUAUGGUGCAAAUUAAGUAUAGCAAUGUAUAUUGUAUCACGACUCAAGUAUUGAUACUUGAGGUAGUCAUAUUUUGACACGCCUAGUCAGAAUUUCACUACAUUUUGCUAUGGUCUUAUGAAAGCUUUGAAGAAAUCUUUUAUGCUCCUGUGAGUAUAACAGAAUAACUAAGGAAUGAUUUUAUUCAAAUCUGUUUGCACAGAUGCAUGUACAGUAUACUUGGUGUAAAUAUACAACUAUUAUGAGCAUUAAUUCCACGACAUAUCAGUUAUUUGUCCAUCAGAUUCCCUGCCCCCAUCAGGCAGACAAUAUUUUGCUUGAGUGAUGAAAAGAUUUGGUUAUUUUUUCUUAGCAUUGGUUAUCUUUUUGUUUCUGUCAGAAUAUCAAAUGGCGUGAUUCGAUGUUAGUGAUUUUAAAUUUUAGAUAUUUUCUUCCAUCGCCGAGCCUUAGCAGAGAUAUAUAUCAGCCCACAUCUAUUAGAUAUGGAAUGAGCAAGUCAUGAGUCCUACUAUGAUGCUGGAAGUCCUAAAGUGACACAUGGCUUAAGUAUGCCAUGAUGAAAAUCCCUUUGAGCACACAUGGGCAGUUUUGUUUAAACAUACCUAGCAAAACAAACAAUAUAUUCGAGUAAACAUUUGUUUUUGUCACAUGAAGCCUACACCCAUGUCAUUUAUGAAAUGUCUACUUGAUGGCCACCUUUAAGGGGUUAAUUACAGUAUCUGAUCCUGAAAAAAGAAAUCACUUAAAUAUUUUAAAUAUAUUGAUUAACAAAUAAUCAUUUUGUUGUUGCCUACCGGUAGUUGAUUGUUUACUGUAGGUGUUUUAUGUCUUUCAUACAUGUUGAUGCAAAUUUGUCUCCUAGCCUACACAGCCUCUUCGGGUUUCAAAAUGACAUUGCUAUUCACUAGAGUAACUUUAGAAACCACGUAGCAUUAAAAAGCCUGAGUGAACUGCCUCAUUUAUGAUAUAGUGCCAAAAGAUUUACAGCCAUGUUUGUUUACAUAAGAACUCACGCAUGGGGGAAACCACUAUCUAUAUCAUAGUCCUUUUCAGCACACAUGGUCAGUCUUGUUUAAACAUACCUAGUAAAACAAACAAUAUAUUCAAGUAAACAUUUGUUUUUGUCACAUGAAGCCUACACCCAUGUCAUUUAUGAAAUGUCUACUUGAUGGCCACCUUUAAGGGGUUAAUUACAGUAAUCUGAUCCUGAAAAAUGAAAUCACUUAAAAAGAAAUGACAGCCUUUUUGGAAGAAAAUAGGCUCAAGAGGGAGAGCCUUGAAUUGUGACUGAAAUUGUCUGAUCCUGUACUGGUUCAGAGUGUGACAUUGUGCUUGAGGCUAGUGAGGGUAUACAAACUGUAGUUUUCUUCGAGCUACUCUCCUUACUUCUUCCUGCUGUCAAUGCUGAUGUAGCCUGAUGUGUGUUGUUCAAUAUGCUCUAAACCAGGCUUCUCUCCAACUGGGAAGAAAAGAGCAAGUACUUGCCAGAAAACAAAUGAUUAUUAUUGCAUAUAUAGAUGAUUAUGUAAACCGGUGAUAAAAUCAUCUUACUAUUACCUGAGUGUAAGUUCAGCUAAAGGGUGCUGUGUCCAUCUUUCCAUUUGGAACUUUCCCAAAGUGUUCACAUUUCAGGAUUCACUUGUCUGAAACUGGUCAGACAUUUGUAAGGAUCUGUAGUUUAACAAGUCCAGAAAUACGACAGACAGGUUGUGUUAACACAUGACGUCUAUCCCCGAUUUAUGUUCCCAAUAGGUGUGUUAAAUGAUUCAGUUUUAAAUGAAUAAAUACAUUCAAGUUUGUUUGAAAUAAAUCAGAGGGAAAUUUAUUGAAGUACAAAUUAGAUGUUAACCUUGUGCUUUACAAUACUGAAAUUAAUGUUUGUACUUUGGAUUAUUUGCGGAGGGAAAACACUAAACAUUGCAGUUGACUUUUCUUGAUUAUUUAACAAACAGAUUUAUGGUUAUGUUGGCUUUCAUUGUGAAUUAGAAUUUCUUUAUGUACCAUAGUUUUGUGUGAGCUGAUAUCAACAAGAAUUUGUCAUGACUGAUGUCAUAUUUAUAUGAUUCAUUAUGUACUGGUUAUGUAAAUUUGAUCGCAUGUAUCACAUUUCAAAAUAUCUGUUGUGUGUUGUAAGAAUUAGCUUUCUACUUUUUGCUCUGGUUAGAUGGGCACAGAAAUGACUUAUUCAGGUUUUCAAAUGUGAUAGAAAUAAGUGAAAUUCAUAUUCCAGACUUGAAUAUUAUCUUAUGGAUGACAUAUCAAGUAACAACGUGUUGACAGAUUAUACUGACUGAACUCACCUGGUUGUCCAUGGAAAGGUGAGCAUGAGAUGUGGAAGUUGUCUGUUGUCUAUCACCACUAUACAUAAACUUUCCAGAUCAAGUGAGCUCUUGGUGUGGUGCAUUCUCUGCAUCCAACUGUCUAAAUCUUUUACAGUUGCGACAACAAAGCCUAAUAUACCUAAAACCACAAAGACUUUGAAACUUGAAACUAUUCCCAGGAAGAUCACAGUCUAAGGCAGUGCAACUCAUUCUGCAAUGAUGCAUCCCACAGUCCUACCAGAACCCUUUCAUUGUGAGUUCAAAUCCCAGAUUAAUCGAGAUUAAUAUUCUUAGUUUGUCAGCACCAUACCCAUGCUUGUAAGUUUCACCACAGUAGAGAACACUAAGGACCUGCAUCAUUUUGUUUUACUUCACGCUCAUGUUGUCUGACUACUAUUCAAAAUGGUGUUAAACGCACCUCAAUAUGAAUACAAAAAUAUUGAACUAGGUCAGCUCUUACAAAGGUGAGCUACAUAGCCUUUAGGCUAGUGUUUGUUUAAAUGUUGACAAUUAUAAGUAAUCAUGUUGAUAUGCUGUAUUCAGGGUUUAACUUCACCAACAAAACUAGGAGACCCCCAAUAAAUAGUUUCAAGGAUCCUUGCCGAAAAUAUGAGCGUCCUCUAAAGUAAUGAAAUUGAGUAGUAUACUGUACUGUACUUUUAGAUUGAUAAUUACUAUAAAUACAAGCACUUUAUAUUUCUUGUCAAGAAUUAGAUACAAUGAAUAUUAUAGUGCAUCCCUCUGCAUCCAUGAUGGAUACAGAAAAUGUGUAAUGUAAAAUCCUGCUGUAUACAUAUAGCACUAUUCAACAUAUAAAUUCAACACUAUAAUGGGGUUCCUGGGAUGCUUGGGGACUUCGUAUUUGAAUCUAAAGAAACCCAUUUUUUUACAUUAUAACAAAGACCCGUUGACUUUCCAUGCUUAAUUUCUAACACUACAUUUACUGUAGUAAACCUGAAACCCGUUGUCUGAGAGAUGAUGAGCUAAGUUGUAUAUAUAUGUUUGUACAGGAGUGCAUCUGAUGUUCACUAUAGUAGAUAUUUAUUUUUGCAUGGAUACUUUAAUCCAUACUUGCUAUGCAAUUCUCAAUGUUUGCCUUGAAAAGCUUGCCUUACUUACUGUACCUAUUAAAUAUCUUUAUUGAUCAAUUUGUAUAAACAUGUACCGGUAAUUUUACCUUUAAGUCAUUUCCUUGUUCACUUAAAGGUGAACUGGAGGUACAGAGAAAUAUAACUAUGUAACUUCUGUGUUCAGAUUAAUGACACUAGAAACUCUUGGUGAAAUAAUUGUCUGAUACUAUGAUUAGCUAGAACUCAUCUGUACUAUGUUGGUGUUAUGUCCACCAUGCUUCGAGUAUUGAGAGUGGAUAUGAAAUGCUUUGAAAUGCAUUUAGAAGUGAUACACUUAAGGAAGAGCAUUUAUAGAUGUUAACUUCUUUAUUAUAAAGACACAACGUUUCGGAGUAUAUGCUUACUCCUUCAUCAGGUGAAUGUACCAAUGAAAGGAGUAAGCGUAUACUUUGAAACAUUGUGUUCCUCAUAAUAAAGAAUUUGACAUCCAUAAAUUCUCUUCCUGAUAUGACCAUAGGUUCAAAGCAAUAUUACAAUACUUGAAUGAUUUCACUCUAACCUGUAGUAGACAUACCAGUGCUUGAUAGUGUACCAGUAAAUCUGUGCUUGCUUUGACAUGAUAAUACACUUUGUUAGAGAAGGCCCCACAUGAAGGUGGAUGUUACUGGUUGAUCCACCCUCGUCUUGGAAUCUCAUACAAGGCUUUAGCCAAAGCUACAUUUAGGGCUUCCAAAGACCUAGCCUACAUUAUUGUUAGUUCUAGUGAUUCCAGUGAGCAUCUGCUGCUGCCUGAUCCAAAUAUCUCAUCAUUUGGUUGCUGUGUACAACAAACUUUGAAAUUGUUCCAACCCAAACCAUUGGUGCUCUGAAUUGAGUCUAAGGUUCAUAGAUCUAUAGGUCUGUUUUGUGGCCUGGCUGAUUGAUAUGAGGACUGUUAGCUUUGCAUUGAGUAGUUCAUAGUUCAGACUCCUAUACCUGACACUCACUUUAUCUCUCCAAUACCUGUCUCUCCACCUUAAGACACCACAACCUUACACCCAGCAUAUGGUCCAAUACCUGACACCCACCGUUUGAGGAUUCAUUUCAACCUAAAUCAAACUCAUUUAAUAAAUGAAUUUAUGUAUAAAUAUAUAUUAACUAUUUUUACAUUUGAAUAUUAUUUUAUGUCUUCUUUAUGCCACUGUAUUUGAAGAAAACUGAUUAUGUUUUCCCUUUUAAGAAAAACAAAUUAGAGAGGGAGAGAGAGAUUGACAACUUUUCUAUUUUAAAAUGUCAAUAAUUAUUACAUGUUUGUGUUUGUUUGUUUUUGAGUAUGUUAUGCCUUGGUAUUUUACAAUUUGAAACCUCAGGCUGAUGCCAUUGUAUGAAACAAAAUUUCCAGACAUCAAAUAACAGAGCGAGUGAGAGAGAGUUAAUUUACCAAGUAAUAGCAGGAUAUCCAAAGUUAAAUCUACAUUGUUACUACACAUUACGCUAAACAGGUUCUGUACAUUUACAAUCAUAUCAGGGGUUGUACAGGCUUGAAAUAGGUCUUGACUUUAAGGUCCCUCUUGAAUAGGCUUGAUUUUUAGUGUCAACAUUGAGAAAACUUGAAAAUCACCAACAUAGCUUGGAAACCUUGAAUUUGUACAAAAUGACAUAUACUUGUUGAUAAAAGUAUCAAAGCACACAUAAAUAUGAACCCAUAAUGUUUUAAGUGAGAUUUAUCACAGUGAUAGAAGUGUGUGUCAAAAACAAAAAAGAAUUUGUGACAAUUCAAUUUUUGGGGCGUUUGAAAAUAUAUCUUGUUCGAAAAUAUCUGAUGUUUAUACUGUUUUUGAAAGUAUGAUAUAAUAGUAUGGCAUGCUGGAUGUAAUAAAAUAUUGACAAGACUAAUAACUCAACUAAGAAAACCUUGAAAAUGAAAAGUGUGAACCUAUAUGAACCUUGUAUAUGAUUAUUGGUACAAAAUGAUUGAUCAAUAAUCAAUCAUAAGUUGUCUACAUCUUAAUGAAUAUUGAUUAUGGUCUUCGAUGUGAUUCCAAUAGUAUUUAUACAAGCAGUUAACAUCCUUGACAUUCUUAGAAAUAAAUGAGUUAUUUGAUCCACUAAAUGGUACAAUGGCCAAAAUAUGGAAUUUGUACAGGAGCGACCAGAACCCUGACUCAUGUGUAUAUUGAAUACAUAUCGUAUAUCCUUGCUAGUAGUGAUGAUUCUUUUACUGUACAUUAUGUUCAGACCCAGGCUUCCAACCUGCCAGUAUCUUGUUCAGCAAUCAGAAAGGGAGAAACUUCUUUUUAACUCUAAAUUAAAGCAGAGAUAUUUGGGAGGCUCCAUGUCUAUUGUUACUCUGAGUACUUGAUUCAGUCUUUAAUACAAUUCAGAGUCAUAACCCUCAGAAUCAUGAAUGUGUGGAAGAUGAAUGCAAAAAAUAAAAUAGUUUGAUAUAUUUUUUGUCACUUGGCAGUCAGUGUUAAAAAUUAAGACCAAUCAAUGUAACCUCACUUUUAACAAAUUAUUGAACGUUGACCAAUGGAUGGACACUGAAUCUCCCUACUUUGUUCACAUUUAGAUUGUUUAUAUUAUAUUUAUUUAUGAAUUGUUAAAGUUAUUUACAUUUAUAUCAAAUUCAAUCUUUUGCACAGAGGAACAUUAAGUCAUUUUUGUCUGCUGAUUUAAUUAAUAUUUAUUCAUAAAUGUCAUUCACACAAUCUUUUCAUUAUUUUUUUCAUAUAAAUGUUUUGUUCCCCUCGGAUUGUACACAUGUAUACAUACUACACAUUCCACAUGUUUAAUGAAUUUCAUAUUCCACAGAGAAAAUUAAAUGUUACAUGUACAAGGAAUGUACAUUGUGCCUGCAUGGAAAAUGGCAGUGUUGACAUUUAUCCUCAUCAGGAUGGCUGUUUAUUAGAUCUUUAACUAUGCAAAGAAAAUUUGCAGUUUUAUGUGAACUGUCGUAAAUGUUUUAUCUUAAUAACAACUUAAUUACAAUUAAAACUAUUCAAUAUUUGGCCCUAGACACCAACAAAAUGUGUGGCAAGUACGUGUCUUGAUAGAGGCCAGACAUUGUCAUCUACAGGGAAACCAGAUUGAAACUGUACAUCCUUAUGUUCUUUUUACAAUUUCUGUUCAAUAUAACAUUUCCUGGUGAAAACAUUGACUUAUGUCAACGCAGAUGCACAGCAUGAUAUUUCACAAAAGUAAAACUUCAACUUGAGUGCAUUCCUUAACAUUAAUGUUUUGAAUUUCAAAAUGAAGCAUGCAGUGAAACCAGUUUUGCCCAGACACUGUUAGUCCUGAAAAUCCACUCACGCUCAUGAAUAUCUUGAUAGGAAGUUCAAUAUACCCAAAGGAACAUUGUUCCGUUUCCAUUGACUCCAGUUGGAAUGGUACAAUUUGGAUUAACAAGCCUUCACUGUAUGGCUGUUUUAUGUAAUGAUGAUGAAUCUCUAGUUAUAUGUCCAGUGUAUUGACAAUAUGUUAUUCCCACAAGAAGUCAUGCUAUGUUGUCUCAUUGCUUCAUAUGGUGCUGCCAAAGAUGUUUUAUCCAUGUUUCAUUGGUGGGUGUGUACUUUAUUGAAAACACAUUUCAGUCACACAGAUACAAUCAAAAUAAACUUUGUUUUAGGAA